UGUUUGCAGCACAAGGCUUUUCACCCCAAUGAGCCAUUGCCACCCAUUGAACAGCACCUUUUAGAGAUGCUAGAGAUGCCCCAUGUGGUAAAAGAAAGGUGUCAGGCUCCUCUUGAAAAAGUAAAAGCACUUUUCCCCCUAAAGGAAGUUUGCAAGAAAAAAGAAGAGAAGACUGCUCAAGACAUCUUCAAAGACAACAGUGAAGAUGGACCCAACCCUAAAAAACCAAAAAUUGAAGAUGAGGAAGGUAGCUUUAGCAUCAUAAAACUUACUGAAGGCAACGUCACCUCUGUUGGCAGUGUUAACCCAGCAGAAGAUUUCCGAAUUCUGGUGAGGCAGAAAAAUGCUGACUUCAAAGAUGUGAGUCAGCAAUUGAUAAACCGCAUUGAUCAGUUCCUGGAAAAUAAAGGCUCACAGUACUACAUGAAAGGGAUCAAUUGUAUUAGAGUUUUCAGAGAGGAGGCCAUAAAGCUGUCCAAGGUGCAGUGCUUCAAUGAUUUUCUGCAAGCCCUGAAAUCAAAGGUGGAAGAUAAAGCCUUAGCUGAUUUCUGGGAGAUCAUCAUACAAGACAGAAUUUCUUUGAUCACUAAAGAUGAAGCAGAGGGAAGUGCGGUGACUAGUGAAGAGGCUGAAAAGUUCUUGGCUCCGAAGGAAAAGAAAAAUGAAACUCUGCCUCCCACAGAUGAAGGUGGUGAUGUUGAUGAUUUGCUGGACAUGAUGUGACUGGGUGAUACGUAGUGACUAUACAAGCCAAGUUUUGGAAGAGAUCUCCCUGUGAGAUGGGGCACAAAACAAGAUGCUAUUGAGAAGACAGUAUAUCCAUCUUUAUUUUCUGAAAUGAAAGCAGAAGUCCCAAAGACAUUUCCA